GCUUUUAAGAUGGACUGAACAGGCCUGAUAAGAAGAGUGUGACAUUGCUGUCUGUAUACAUAUAAUGUAAAGAAUGUGGUGUAUGUUUGUGAAGUGUUUCCGAGAGACCUCUUAUUUUGUGUGUUACUCUGAUGAGCUUUUUAUAUGUGAGCUUUGUGUGGAGUAUCAGUAAAGGGCGACACAGCUGCACACAGGUUUGUCUCACUGCCUAAAAAUGAGUCUUCUGGACAGAGGCACCAUGUGGUUGAUGCUAGUUCCAGUACAGUUGCACUUCAAAAUGCCCCAAGGCACGGAUGGGGCCAUUGCACUGCCACCGGGUGCUGUCCUUAAAAAGAGGUAUAAAACGCAGGUCUUAUUCACCAGGGGUGGUAAAAGAUCCCACAACAUCUGUCUCAGAGAGUGGGGGUGAUACCCAUGAAGGUUCUGCCUGGGUCUCCUCGAUUGCUGCAAAGAUACAGCUCUUUGGCACAUCUGUGUCACUUCUCCACAAGACUGCCUGUGUGUGAGGACUGUACUGUCUCACUGCCAGUGUGUGAGGAGUGUACUGUCUCACUGCCAGUGUGUGAGGACUGUACUGUCUCACUGCCAGUGUGUGAGGACUGUACUGUCUCACUGCCAGUGUGUGAGGACUGUACUGUCUCACAGCGGUUGCUGCGGCAUCAUGCAGUUGGGUGCUACUUUAUGGUGGUAUGAUGAGUCCCGUUAAAGUCCUGUUGGCUGAUCUAAUCGAAUCUGAUCUAAUCUAGUCUACAUACCAGUGGGUGCUUAGAUGUAGUGCAAAUGUAAUUACAUGUAACCCUUGAUUGGGUUAUUCAUUCAGGAUUCGGGUCUUUGAGGCAGUAAGAGCACCUAUACGUCAGUGUGUCCCAGCAUUGGUACAGGACUCACCCACUGCCCACUGCAAGCCCAUACAAAAACAGUAUUGGCUAGGAGAGUUGUCACAAUCAGAAAUGGAAGCCAUCACAUUAAAUGCCGUUAGAACUUUUGUUAUAUGUAUUGAAUGAAAUUCCUCAUUUGUAUUCACAGUUUAUAUAAAUCUGUACUCACAGUCCAGUGACUUUCAUAAUCCGCGCAGAAGAAAAUCCUCCAUUUGUAUUCAUAGUCUUUUCCUUUGUAAAGAUGGAGCUCAGUACACGAUAUUUUGCCAUAACAAUGUGUGCUGCCAAAUUCAGUUUGCCCUGCCACUCACCAUUGCCCGUUUAACCAUAGUCCACUUCUGACACCUCAAACGUUACUUUGAUUUGUGGACUUUUUCAAUGGAAACUUCCUUUUAGACAUGACUUUACACUGUUCAUACUGGGAAUUCAUUAUAGUAUCAUUAUAACACACAAAAUCACAUACCCCUUGCUUGAAACACUCUUCUCAAUAAAAGAAAACGUGUCAAUGCUUUGUCUUUUGCUUUGCAUGAUUUCUUGAUUAGCUUCAUUCAUAUACAGAGGUUUUUAUGUUGCUACGUAUAUAUCUCGCUUCUUUAAAUUAUCGUUUGCAUGGCUGUGCUGUUUUCUUUUUCUUUGCUGCUCUCUUGUUUUACCAGAUUUCUUUGGUUCUGUUUACUGUUUCCUUCAUGUAUCGAUUCUCUGCUGAAGUCACUGGACCCCAGAAGAGCUAAGCACCUGCAGAUGACCAUCGGGGCCCUGCAGGACGAGCUGCGCACGCAGCGGGACCUGAACCAGCUGCUCCAGCAGGAGAGCCGCCGCGGCGGAGGCGUGAGCCCCGAGCGCCUGCACCCCAUGGAGCCCACCGAGGAGAACUUCCAGCGGCUGCAGCUGGAGCACGAGCGGCAGGCCAAGGAGCUUUUCCUGCUGCGCAAGACCCUGGAGGAGAUGGAGCUGCGCAUCGACAGCCAGAAGCAGACGCUGGGCUCGCGCGACGAGUCCAUCAAGAAGCUGCUGGAGAUGCUCCAGAGCAAGGGGCUCGGCGGCCUGGCGGACGGGGAGGGGGGCGGCGGUGGGCCGCGGGGCCGCAGAGAGGCAGAGGAGCAGCUGGGCCACCUGGAGAUCUUCCUGGAGCAGAAGGAAAAGGAAAACCUGCACCUGAGGGAGGAGCUGCACCGCCGGAACCAGUCGCAGUCGGACCCCACCAAGACCAAGGCCCUGCAGACCGUCAUCGACAUGAAGAAUGCCCCGCCGUUCUGUUUUGACCCAGAUGUUAUAUGGCAGGACACCAAGAUCGCCUCCCUGGAGCGCAACAUGCGCGGCCUGGAGGACGAGGUCCAGACGCUGAAGACCAACGGCCUGCUGCACGUUGACGGGGCAGAGCGCGAGGAUGAGCUCAAGCAGGUGGAGGUCUACAAGAGCCACCACAGGUUCAUGAAGAGCAAGAUUGACCAGCUGAAGCAGGAGCUGUCAAAGAAGGAGUCGGAGCUGCUGGCCCUGCAGACCAAGCUGGAGACCCUGACCAAUCAGAACUCCGACUGCAAGCAGCACAUCGAAGUGUUGAAAGAGUCGCUCACCGCCAAGGAGCAGAGAGCCAACAUCCUGCAGACCGAGGUGGAUGCUCUCCGGUUGCGUCUGGAGGAGAAGGAGACCUUCCUGAACAAGAAGAGCAAGCAGCUGCAGGAGCUGACGGAGGAGAAAGGCACUCUGAGCGGAGAGAUCCGGGACAUGAAGGACAUGCUGGACGUCAAGGAGCGAAAGGUCAACGUCCUCCAGAAGAAGAUAGAAAACCUGCUGGAGCAGCUGAGGGAUAAGGACAAGCAGCUGGGCAGCCUGAGAGAACGAGUCAAGUCCCUGCAGACCGACUCCAGCAACACAGACACAGCCCUCUCCACACUGGAGGAGGCCCUAUCUGAAAAGGAGCGGAUCAUUGAGCGGCUCAAAGAGCAGCGAGAGAGGGACGACCGGGAGAAGCUGGGCGAGCUGGACGCCUACAAACACGAGAACAAGGAGCUGAAGGACAAGCUGGCCUCCCUGCAGAGCCAGCUCACCAACAAAGAGUCCUCUCUGAUAGACCUGAAAGAGCAGGCGUCGUCACUGGCCUGCGAGGGCCUGAAAAAGGACUCCAGACUGAAAAGCCUGGAGUUUGUGAUAGAGCAAAAGAAGGAGGAGUGUAGUAAGCUGGAGAGCCAGCUGCAGAAGAAUCCCAGCAGGAUUGAAGGAAAACCAGCGGCUCUGGAGGCUGAGGAGGCGGCACAUCGCAACCCUGAGGUGGCGGAGCGUCUAAAGGCUCUGGAAAAGGAGGUGGCACAGCACAAGGAGGAGUCUGGGAAAUCUCAGGCCGAGGCCGAGAGACUGCUGGGCCUGCUCAGGGACGUAGAGGCCGAAAGCACAGACAAGGACAAGAGGCUCGUCGAGCUAGAGAGGCAAGCCAAGCUGCCAAAUGUUAAAGCCACGCAGCCUGCCCAGCCCACUCAGGUGGAUGGACCCCCGCCUACCCAGUUAGAGGAGUUGAUGGGUGCUCUGGAAAAGACCAGGCAGGAGCUGGAUGUCACCAAACAGCGGCUGUCCUCUACCCAGAAUUCUCUGGUGGAGCGCGACGGUCACCUGAACGGCAUGCGGCAGGAACGCAGAAAACAGCUGGAGGAGAUCAUGGAGAUGAAGCAGCAAGCCCUGUUGGCAGCCAUUAGUGAAAAAGACGCGAACAUCGCCCUGCUGGAGCUCUCUGCCUCUAAGAAGAAGAAGACCCAGGAGGAGGUGAUGGCCCUGAAGAGAGAGAAGGACCGCCUCAUGCAUCAACUGAAGCAGCAGACCCAGAGCAGGAUGAAGCUCCUUGCUGACAACUACGAUGACGGCCACCUUCAUCCCCACCACCCUCAUCAUCCUCCUCACCACCCUCAUCCAGGCCACCACAGAGGCCCACCGCGAGGGCCCCCCCACGCUGUCCCCCACGCUGUCAACCACAGACCCCCCCAAGACCAGGAUGAUGAGGAGGGCAUCUGGGCAUGACCGUUGCCGUGGAAACCAACGCUUCAGUUUGGUUCGGAGGGAUGAGCUGGUUAUGGCUGAGGAGGUGCGGGAGGUCUGACUCUGAGAGCCCACGUUUCUGUCCCCUUUCUGACGCUUUCAGGACCUGAACAUUUGUCUGAGACGUAUCAUCUCUCCCGCAUACAGACUCACACACACACACACACACACACUUGCACACACUCUCACACUGAGGAAGAGGAGGAAGAGGCCAGAUUGAGGAGACAGAGGUAGGUGUCUGUG